AUGGCAACUUUGACAUCUAAUCGGCUUCUUGAACAAACAUCUUUGUCUCUCAUUGUGACGGAAAACAUGUUCUCCCUACGAAGGAUAGCGACGACGACGGCCCCUGCUGUUGGCCGUCAGGGUCUUCAGGCUACAUCUGCAAGGAUAAGACUGUACUCCCAGGCCGUUGGCCCAUUGGUCUAUGAUCUACAUGAACCACCGCGUCCGAUUACCGACAAGAGGAAAGCUCCCAUUCUCUUUCUGCACGGAUUAUUCGGAUCCAAGAAGAACAACAGAGCCAUCAGCAAAGCCCUAGCCCGGGAUCUUGGACGAUAUGUGUACGCCUUGGAUCUCAGAAACCAUGGCGAGUCGCCUCACAGCACCCAGCAUGACUACCUUGCCAUGGCCCAGGAUGUAGCAGUGUUCAUCGAAGGACAUGGUCUCACUGACACGACACUCAUCGGUCACUCAAUGGGCGCCAAGACUUCAAUGGCUCUGGCCCUGCGCUCUCCGGAACUUGUGGCCGACAUCGUAGCCGUUGACAACGCCCCCGUAGACGUGACCCUCAGCAGGGACUUUGCCGAGUACGUUCGCGGCAUGAAGAAGAUCGACAACGCAAACGUCACCCGUCAGGCCGAGGCCGACAAGAUUCUUAGCGAGUACGAAGAGUCCCUCGCCAUCCGACAGUUCUUGUUGGGCAACAUGUAUCAGCCCGCAGGCGAAAAGUUCCGCAAGUUCCGCAUCCCUCUGGAUAUCCUAGGCAAGUCUCUGGACAACCUCGGAGACUUUCCCUACAAGGACCCCAACGAGAUCCGAUUUGAGAAGCCUGCCCUGUUUGUGCGAGGCACCAAGAGUAAAUAUGUUCCGGACGAGCUCAUCCCCUUGAUCGGCCAGUUCUUCCCCAAGUUCCGCCUUGUCGACGUAGAUGCCGGGCACUGGCUCAUUUCUGAGCAGCCUGAAGCCUUCAGGCAAGCGGUUGUCGAGUUUCUCCAGAAGCCCGAGUGA